AUGGAAGACGAUUCUAGCGAAUUAUGUGGUCAUAAACAAGAUAAAACGUUUAAUCAGAAAGAUGGUCCACCCAUACAGGCAAUGUGUGAUAUCACUCGUGCACAUGUCGUUUCAUUUAAUUGGAUGUUAAAAGAAGGACUAAUGAAAGCAACAGCAAAGCUCGAAAUCUCGAAGCCAAAAUCGAAAAUAAUUGCUGGUGCUAGUCGAACGAAUCAUGUUGUUUUUCCAUUUGAAUGUCGUAUGGGUAAAUGUACAUAUUCCGGACAAUUGAAUGCUCGUUUGCAGGCUGAAGUUUAUGGUUCGAAUGGAAAAACUAUUGGAAAAGAUAUGUACGACAGAAAUUUGGAACCCAUACCAGUCAUGGUGCGACCGAUGGCGAUGUCUCGUGGCAAAUGGAGACAACGUGGACCUGGUUUUACCGAUAAAGGAAUACAAAUUCGUUGUUUAGCUGAUGAUCAACGAGAAAUUGAAAAUACUCUUCAUUAUUUGGAUACAGGUGCCAUCUCGUUUAUGCUUCGAAAAGAAAUGUAUUUUAUACCCGUUAUUAUGAUACUCAAAAUGUUAGCUGUAGACAAUGCCUCUGAUCGUGAAAUAUAUGGAUGUUUAAUGAGAGGAUGUGAAGGGAAUAGAGCUUCCGAAGAUCUUAUGAAAGAAGCAUAUGGCUUUAUUCAACUGUAUUUUGCUCUGUUUAGAUUUAUGAUUCGUAAACUGUUUGCAUAUGUUCGAGAUGAAUGUAAAGCAGAAGAUCAAGAUUCACCAUCGAUGCAUGAAUUACUGUUACCAGGACACGUCUAUUUAGCAUUAUUAACAUAUGUAAAGCUUCGUUCGUCGAUGGAUGCUAUUGAUAAAGAUCAAAUAGCUAAAGCAUUCGAAUUUUUUCUAGCCACAGGAAAUUUAAAUUCAAAAACAAACGUUGGACUCAGACAGACAAGUGGUUUUUCAAUCACUGCCGAACGUUUAAAUAUUUUACGUUGUAUUUCGUAUUUUCGUUCUGUUCAUCGUGGUGAUGCAUUUACUAAAGCAAAAACAACAUCAAUUGCGGAUGAUUAUCCUUCUGAUACAAAUACUGAUCUUCUACAUUCAUAUGGUAUGAUUUGUCCAGCUAAUCCAAUUGGAAAACAUUUAGUCUCACAAGAGUCGUCGUAUGAUAUAAAUGUCUCUAGACCUGGCGUACCAUCUUAUCUUGAAAUUGUUCAUAUACCAAAGACUGGCAAAUAUACUCUCUAUCCUGGUGUCUAUCUAUUUACAACACCGGCACGAAUGAUGAGACCAGUGAGAAAUUUACAAACAAAUACACGAGAAUACAUUAGCACAUUUGAACAAGUCUAUUUGGGAAUAUGUAUUACACAUUAA